CCGCUUAUAAAUUGUCUGUUAGUCUUUCUAAUUGUAUUGUCUAUACCAUCUAAAGGAUACUCAAGAACGCUUGCUGGAAAAUGUAUUGGCCAAAAUAAGACUGCUAUCGAAAAGAAGUUAAACGCAACUGCAAUCGAUGUGAAGGCAAACUCCACUGAUCUCAUGACUCUGGAAAAGUUGGAGGAAGCAGAAAAACCCUCUGCCACUACUGCUAUUCGUCAUAUUAAACGUGACAAAAGGGAAUUGGUUGUGACGAUGCCCUUUGACCAGCAUACCAUGCACCUGCCCUGCGAUCUCGAUCAACGUGGAAGACAUAGGAUUAUUUCGCACAUGCCGAACCAUUGUAUCUGGGUAUUCAACAACAAGUUCUCACACGUGGGAUUCUACAGAGUAUUCAAGAUCUACCAGUUGGAAGGUUUCUUUUUUGGGCAGUUCUACGAGCGUUUAAAGCGCUUCGAAAUGGACCCCCAUUUAUAUGACCAUGCAUUAUCAACAUUCAAUGAACAAUAAAUUUUUCAGUGUUCAAGCAACAAACUAAAAAAUUUUCAAAGCUAUUAAAAUACGAUGGCCGAU